AUGAUCAAAAUGACGGUUACGAGUCGCGGCCUCUGUCGCUUCGUGAUCUUUCUCUGCGGGUAUGUCCUUUUUCUAGUCCUAGGUGCCUCCGUCUUCUCAGCAAUAGAAGGGCCUGAAGAAAUUGAAAAAGUACAAAGUCUACGCGAACUCCGCUCCAAUUUCCUUAAGAACAACCCUUGCGUCACCGUGUUAUGAAAUGAUGGAUCAGUGAUGCUGAGUAUGAUGAAUUAAAACAUACACACUGCUGUUAGGUG